AGCUGGAUGCGUCGUCAGGAAUGCUAACAAUGCUAACGGUUCCGUCCACAUGAUGUGUAGAUCUGCGGUUAGCGACCGUCUCACGUUGACGUUGACUUUGCCGACGUUAAUCGUCUGCCGCAGCUGCAAACCGUAAACAACGAAGAAUGUGAAGCAUUUUUCUGCUUUAUAGCGAACUUAUUUUCUCUCAGUAUGGCUCAAGCGGCGGAGAAAGCUUAUUAUCGCUUCCUGGUUCUCUUCUUUAACUGCCUCCUCACUUUUGGUUCCUACUUCUGCUUCGACAUCCCCAGCGUCCUGCAGAACCAGUUCCAGGGGAACCUCACGUGUCCCAAUGCAACAGUGAUCAAUGGGACUGUGGACUGUGUGGAGGGGCUGGGGAUGAGUCCGCAGCAGUACAACCUCCUCUACGCCAUAUAUGCCUGGACGAACGCCGUGGUGGUGAUUAUGGCCGGAUUCCUGAUCGACAAAUUAGGAAAUCGAUUCGGGGUGUUUCUCUUCUCCUUUCUGUGUGUUCUGGGCUCGUCGCUGUUCGCUCUGGGCUCCCACUUCAGAGGAACUCCCUACCUGCUUCCUCUCAUGCUCACGGGACGUCUCUUAUUCGGUUCCGGCAACGGAUCUCUGACCAUUGUGCAGAACCGCAUCACAGCGUUCUGGUUCAAAGGGAAGGAGCUGGCGCAGGCCUUCGGUGUGACGCUGGCCUUUUCCCGCCUCGGUUCGGUCCUCAACUUCUUCUUCACGCAGACGUUUGAAGACAAAUACGGCAUGCAGUGGACGCUGUGGGGUGGCGCUCUGCUGUGCGUGCUCGGCUUCGUUUCUGCGGUCGUCGUGAGCGCUCUGGACAAGAUCGGCAUGAGGCAGCUGGGCCUUGACGGGGCCAUCGCAGAGGAGUCCCGCAAAGUGAGGGUUCAGGAUGUGAAGCUGCUGUCGCUCCGAUACUGGCUGCUGGUUCUCACCAUCAUGUUCUUCUACAACGGCAUUUUCCCCUUCAUCGCUGAUGCCAGUAAGUUCAUCCAGGAUAAAUACAGCGACUACAGCCAGAAGGAGGCGGCGUACGUCGCGGGCGCCGUGUACGACAGCUCGCUGGUGCUCUCGGCCAGCGUGGGCAUCCUCAUCGAUUAUGUGGGUCUUCGGGGAGUUUUUGCGGUGGCCUGUGCCGUUUUCACGCUGCCCGUCUUCGGACUGCUGGCCUUCACCUUCGUCCCUCCUCUGGUCUCCACCAUCUGGCUGGGAGUCACUUACUCCUUCGCUGCCGUGAGUUUCAGACGGUUUAAAUCAGCUGUGAAUCAUUUAACACAUAUAGUUUUAGACUGUUACAUUUUUUAUUUCAUUUCUGGCGAUGGCUUUAAAUCGUCAUUGCUGACUUGUGUAAAUUUGAGCGCUAGCAUCCAGCGCCUUGCUAAAGUUUCUAAGUUUUUUCACAUUCAGCCGAAAAUUUUUGAUUUUAUGUGAUAAACCAGCAGAAAGUUCUGCAUAAUUACCAACUGUAGUUCCAGGAACACUUCUGCUAAUCCGCUAGAUUUGGGUUUAGCACAGUUAGCAUUUAGCUGUUAGCAAAGCUAAUGUUUACGAUUAGUGUUUCAGGGUUAGCACAGCUAACUUUUUGUUGGCAGUUAGCUACUUUUUCAAAAGAACAAAACAUAUAAAGUCUCAAAACAUGUUUUCUGAAUAAAAAUCUGAAAAGUGGGGCAUGCAUUUGCGGUAUAUCUCUGCUAGCUUGAGCUGGAUGUCUGAACACUGAGAGUGAAAACUGCUGGAUGAGUUUCUGAUUCAGUCCCACUUGUGAAAACAUAGGGAGGGUUCGGCUGCUUUUUGAACACAGUUAGUAAAGAAUGCAAAUGCAUGCCACACUUUUCAGAUUUUUAUUAGCAAGUUCCUUAUAACACCAUCUAUGAUCCUAGCAAAAUAAAUCACGGUUUAUUAAAUGUUCUUUUGACCAUUGAUGACUGAAGUCCUAAAACAGUUUUUAUAUUUUCUUUGCCCGUAUCCUUGUUGUGCCCCUGGUUUAUCCUUGUUGUGUUCCCGGUUUAUCCUUGUUUUGUUCCUGGUUUAUACUUGGUUUGUUCCUGGUUUAUCCUUGUUUUGUUCCUGGUUUA